AUGGCCCGCAACCUCCUCUUCUCCCGCCUUCUCCUCCUCCUCCUCGCCUUCCUCGCGCCCCUCGCGGCGGCCCAGCUCUCAAUCUACACGGCCUCCGACAAGUACAAGUACCAGGGCUGCUACAACGAGACCAAUGACCUCCCCAACACGGCCCACGUCCGCGCCCUCUCCGGCGGCGCCUCGCGGGUCAUGGAGGGCAACAUGACGGUGCCCCUGUGCCUCAGCUUCUGCAGCACCGGCGCCGACAAGCAGUACACCUACGCCGGCGUCGAGUACUCUCGCGAAUGCUGGUGCGCCCAGAGCAUCUCGGGCCUGUCGGUCAAGCUCAACGACAGCCAGUGCAACCUGCCCUGCGACGGCAACCAGGGCAUGGUCUGCGGCGGCGCGCUCAAGCUCAGCGUGUACAUGCUCAGCGCCGGCGUGCGGUCGCCCGCCGCGUCGUGGGCUGCGGCUGUUGUUGGCGCCUUGGCGACGUACGUGUUGCUAUAA